AGAGGAUCUCUCCUCGUCAAGCUCUGGAGCUGCCCUUCAUUUCCAUGAGCCACCUGAGGGAGGACGUCCACAGCAGAGACUAUCUGACCACCUCUCAACUAGCAAUGAGGGUCUGCCCAACGGAGGACAGCGUCCACUGCUCAACCACAAACAGCGGCUACUCUGGCUCCAUGGACCACGUCUCCUGGGAUUCUGUGGAGGCUCUAGACUCCACAAGUGCCACCAGUGAAUGGUCCUGGUGUUCUGACCUGUCCACAGACACCACCUGUUCGCCAAAUGUCGAUGAAACUAGUGAGGAACUCUCGGGGUUGUCUGACCAGACUAUGGACUCCGGAGAUACCUCGGUCUGGUCGUCCAUCGGAGAUGAUGGCACCAGGGAGGAAGUCUCCGGGUGUUCUGACCUGUCUGUGGACUCCGGAGAUACCUCGGUCUGGUCGUCCAUCGGAGAUGAUGGCACCAGGGAGGAAGUCUCCUGGAGUUCUGACGAGGCUGCAGACGUCACCGCUGCAGCCACAGCCUCUUCGGGCGGCAAGAGGAAGCUGUGGAGAAGAAUUAGAAAAUUCUUCUCAAGCCUCACAUGCUGCUGCCGUCCGAAAGUUGAGGACUGAAUUAUUUCUUUCUUUAUUUCUUUAUUGGUGUUUUUCUAUUUUAAUAUACAUUGUACAAAUAUGUUUUUACUACUUUUUACAACUUUUUUAUACAUUUAAUUGUUUAAAUACUUUUUUA